UUCAUUGAGGGCUCACUCGCGGGCUCCCUCUAGCGUUCAGCAGUUAUUUUCUGAUAUACCGGGGGAGACAGGGAGUGGGCGGGCUCUCCAUAACCCGGCUGUAGCUGAUCUUCGGGGGUCUACAGCUGGAGUGUUUUUGGAGCUUUGUUCUCCCACACCGCUGGAGGAACAGGAUCAGCUGAACUACAGAAGAAAUUGAAGUAUUCCAAGUUGUCUUCUGAAGUGUAUCACCACAAAUAAACACAGAUAAUUCACCAAAGAUUAAUCUGAAAGAGGUGAAGCACACGGCAUCCAGAAGUAUUUUCAGUACCUGAAAAAGUUGUUUCCUACAUCUCACAUACAAAUGAUGCCAAGUCCGGGCAAGGAGGAAUUAUACCACUCUGGAAAAAAAAUUACUACAGAGAGUGAUCUCAAAAUUCACCAACAUGUUUACACAAAGGAGAAACCGCAUCACUGCUCAGACUGUGGGAAGAGUUUUGCUACACAGAGUCAUCUCAAACAACACCAACAAGUUCACUCAGGAGAGAAACCGCAUCAGUGCACAGAGUGUGAGAAGAGUUUCACUAAACAGAGUCAUCUCAAACAACACCAACAAGUUCACUCAGGAGAGAAACCGCAUCAGUGCACAGAGUGUGAGAAGAGUUUCACUAAACAGAGUCAUCUCAAACAACACCAGCGCAUUCACAUAGGAGAAAAACUGUAUCACUGUUCAGACUGUGGGAAGAGAUUUACUGCACCAUGUUAUCUCAAAAAACACCAGCGCUUUCACACAGAAGAGAAACCGCACCACUGCUCAGACUGUGGGAGAAGUUUUUAUGAUCUGAGUCAUCUUAGACAGCACCAGCGCAUUCACACAGGAGAGAAACCGUAUAAGUGCCCAGACUGUGGAAAGAGUUUUACUCAACAGAGUGAUCUUAAGAGACACCAGCGAGUUCACACAGGAGAGAAACCGUAUCAGUGCUCAGAAUGUGGGAGCAGUUUUACUCAACAGGGAGAUCUCAAAAUACACCAGCGCAUUCACACAGGAGAGAAACCGUAUUACUGUUCAGACUGUGGAAGAAGUUUUAAUCAACACAAUCAUCUCAAAAUACACCAGCGCAUUCACACAGGAGAGAAACCGUAUCAAUGCUCAGACUGUGGGAAGAAUUUUAGUGAAUUGACUCAUCUCAAAAUACACCAGCGCAUUCACACAGGAGAGAAACCGCAUUACUGUUCAGACUGUGGAAGAAGUUUUAAUCAACACAAUCAUCUCAAAAUACACCAGCGCAUUCACACAGGAGAGAAACCGUAUCAGUGCUCAGACUGUGGGAAGAGUUUUGCUCAACAGAGUUAUAUAAAAAUACACCAGCGCAUUCACACUGGAGAAAAACCGUAUCACUGCUCAGAGUGUGGGAGCAGUUUUUCUGAACCAAAAACUCUCAAAAAACACCAGCGCAUUCACACAAGAUUGAAACCGCAUCAGUGCACAGAGUGUGAGAAGAGUUUUACUACACAAAUUAAUCUCAAAAAACACCAGCGCUUUCACACAGGAGAGAAACCGCACCACUGCUCAGAGUGUGGGAGAAGUUUUAAUGAUCUGAGUCAUCUUAGACAGCACCAGCGCAUUCACACAGGAGAGAAACCGUAUCAGUGCCCAGACUGUGGAAAGAGUUUUACUCAAAAGAGUGAUCUUAAGAGACACCAGCGCGUUCACACAGGAGAGAAACCGUAUCAGUGCUCAGAAUGUGGGAGCAGUUUUACUCAACAGGGAGAUCUCAAAAUACACCAGCGCAUUCACACAGGAGAGAAACCGUAUCACUGCUCAGACUGUGGGAGCAGUUUUUCUGCACCAAAUACUCUCAAAAGACACCAGCGCAUUCACACAGGGAAUAGCUGUACCACUGCUCAGAAUGUGGGAAUAUAGUUUCGGACAUUCCAAAAUAUUAAAGAAGGAAAUGUAUAUGCAUGAGGGUUAUGAUGUAAUAAUCCUCCUAAAUUCAGACAGUAGACCAUAAGUCCAUAUGGUCUGGAGUGAAAAUGCAACUAACUGGAGGCAGAUAAAAGUUUGUUCGUCAGCCUUGCGCCUUUAUUUUCAAAAUAUUGUACCAGCGUUUCUAUUACUAAAAGUCACUGUUUAAUUUCUUGGUAAAUAUUGUGACGUUACUAUUAGUUCUCUUAUUCUCUCUUAGGAAUGUAAUGUGUUGAUAUAAAUUUACUCUGUUUUAUUGUAUUUUUUAAUCUUUUCCUUGUCUGUGUACUGAAACAAUGUUUUUAGUAAAUGUUAAUAAUGUUAUUGUUAAUGUUUUCAUUUAAAA